AUGCAAGAUGGAAUACCAGUGAUAACAGAACACCCACUCGAUGUUAUUGUCGCUAAGGGUGAACCUGCGACGUUGAAUUGUGCUGCUAAAGGACCUGAUCUGCAGAUUACCUGGUUUAAAGAUGGAGAAUCAGUGAUUACGAAUAAUGAAGAAAAAAAUUCACAUCGCUUGGUUCUUCAUACUGGUGCACUGUUCUUACUUAGGGUUAAUAAUGGUAAAGGAAAAGAUGCAGACUCAGGCACGUAUUAUUGUGUUGCAAAGAAUAAGUAUGGUGAAGUACGAUCGAGGGAGGCAUCACUCAAAAUUGCUAUGCUGCGAGAUGAUUUUAGAAUAAGACCAAGACCAAUUCAGGCUGUGAUUGGUAACAGAGCAGUACUGGAAUGCUCUCCGCCUCGUGGUUUCCCAGACCCGGUUGUCUCCUGGCGCAAGGAUGAACAGCACCUACGUCCUCAAGAGGAAGAUGGUAUUGUGCUACAUCCAAGUGGAAAUCUCGUCAUUGAAAAGGUGCAACGAUCAGAUGCUGGUUUUUAUCAGUGUGUAGCAACAAAUAUGGUCGGUGAACGAGUGUCAAAUCCAGCUCGUUUAUCUGUUUACGAAAAGCCUUAUUUUUUGCAAAAACCGCAGAAUGUUACGGUUGAAGUAGGGUCAUUAGUUCUGUUUGACUGUCGUGUGUCUGGUGAUCCUAUGCCUUCUAUAUCAUGGAAAAAAAGAAACCAGCAAAUGCCUGUGGGUCGAUCUUACAUUGCAUCAGACAAUCGUGGUUUAAGCAUUAAUAAAGUACAAGCAAGUGAUGAAGGGGAGUAUAUUUGUCAAGCGAAAAAUCCUGCUGGAAAUAUAGAGGCAUCAGCUCAUUUAAGUGUGCAUGCAGCACCAACUUUUACGAAGACUCCUCUUGAUGUUACUAUCGAUUCAGGUUCCAUAGCUAAAUUUCGUUGUGAGGCUGAAGGACAACCACAACCAGCAUUGUUUUGGUCUAGAGAAGGCCAACAGGAGGUAUUUUUCCCGGGUCAUGUAUCGUCAGAUGGAAGAAUUCGAGUAACUUUGGAUGGUGACCUUACUGUUGCUGAUGUAAGGCCCGCAGACGAAGGAAAUUAUGUUUGUGCUGCAAUGAACCUCGCUGGAAGUAGUUUAACCAAAGCGGCAUUGAAAGUAAUGAGUAAAAUCCGUCAGUGUUUGGGGAUAGAUUUUAGUGCAAAUAGUCUACUACAGCAAAUCUAUGAGGCUGAUUAG